ACCUCACUCUCCACUAUAAGGAGGAUAAGAAAAAGAGAGAAACUAUAUUAACCCCCAUCAUCAAGAAUCAAGAAAGAGUUCUUCUUCCUCCUCCUCCUCCUCCUCCUCCUGUAAACAGAGAGAGAAAGAAGAAGGAGCUCCUCUGCUCUUCUCCAACUCUGCACUAAGUUUCAUCACCCUUUCAGAACCAAAACUCUCUCUCUCUCUCUCCAACCUGAGAUAAUUCAAUUCUUGUUUCUCUGUCCUUCUGAGUGAUGGGUGUGAGCAGCCGGUGUUCCCACACUUCUCACAUCACAGAGAUCAUCAUCACCAGCUUCUUCCGCCACAAGCCUUAGAUUCUCCACCUUCAACAGACACGCGGAGGGAAACAAGACAUAGCUAAUCGUCUGAAGAAUCCGCUGUCAUGGACGCAGCUUGAGUGAGACUUUGACCAAGAAGUCAAGAACCCCCCUUUUUUCUUCUUCUUUUUUUGCAACCUUUGCUGAUGAUGGCGGGCGGUGCUUCGGCUUCAGCUAUUACGACUCUGCUUCAGCACCAAAGGGUCCCUCCCCCUCCUUCUUCUGAUGCCUUUUUCCUUUCUGGGUCUUCUCCUUUUCUGGGUCCAAGAGCCAUGGUGAGCUUCGAAGAUGCUCACAGGGGAAACAGAUUGAGCAGACCGUUUUUCCGGCCGAUCGAUCACGAUGAAAACGGGGAAGACGACCUGGAGGACUACUUCCAUCAGCCUGAAAAGAAGAGGCGCCUAACCGUUGAGCAGGUGCAGUUUCUCGAAAAGAGUUUUGAAGCGGAGAACAAGCUCGAGCCGGAUCGCAAAACCCAGUUGGCGAAAGACCUUGGGUUGCAGCCACGACAGGUGGCGAUAUGGUUUCAGAACCGCCGUGCACGGUGGAAGACAAAGCAGCUAGAGAAGGAUUACGAAGCUUUGCAAGCUUCUUAUAACUCCCUGAAGUCGGACUAUGACGCUCUCGUCCAGGAGAGGAAUGAUCUGAAAGCGGAGGUUCUUAACCUCAAGGACAAGCUGCUCGACAAGGGAAAGGAGAAGGAGAGUUCCGAGUUGUCCAGCAAAUCAUCUCAAGCGCCUUUCCAGAACCCCAUUGCCGAUUCUGUCUCCGAGGACGAAGUGUCUAGAGUUCCUUUUCCUACGUGCCGGCCGGAAGAUAUUUGCUCGGUGAAGAGCGACAUGUUCGAUUCCGAAAGCCCGCAUUACACCGACGCCGGCCACUCUUCGCUCUUGGAGCCCGGCGAUUCUUCCUACGCCUUCGAACCCGACCAGUCGGACCUAUCUCAGGACGAAGAAGAUAACUUGAGCAAGACCCUUUUGCCCGCGUGCAUCUACCCGAAGCUCGAAGGCGGCGAUUACGCCGUCCCCCCUGCGAAUUCGUGCAACUUUGGAUUUCAUGCUGAAGAUCCCGCCUUCUGGUCUUGGUCAUACUGAGGGCGUCUCGGACGUCUCUCCCGUCACUUCCCGUUUCUUGUAGUAUGCAAUAAGCGUCACCAAUAGGCUAGCAUCUAUCCGACUGCUGUAGCUGAGUUUCCUCAGGAAUUCAAACCUGUGGUGAUUUCCUUUUCUUUAGUUGUUUGGCUUUUCUUGGAGAUUCCUUCAAUGGGAUCUUCUGUUCUCUGUGUAAAUCUAAAUAAUGAAAACCUUGUUGGUCAA